UUUUCAUUCAGUUUUCUUCUAACCGUCGUCGACGUCGUUUCUGAGGUUACUGCGAUUCGAACCGAACAGUGGAUAGAAUCCGCGCGCAUUCGGUUGUUUUAUAUUGGAAAAGUGCCUACUUGGACAAGUUUUUGUGUGGUGUUUUGGACUGAUUAUAAUCAGCAAAGUAACAGUUAUCGAACAACGAUUCCGAACGGUGUGGUGACAAUAUUAUUUCCUGCGAAUAAUUUUGAUCAGUGCAGUGUUGUGUUUUCCGGAAUCAAACUUCUGUGUUACACUACUGUUCUAUAGCAGUUGCGUAGAAGCAAAACAAGCCAGUGUGUGAGAAACAACAGUUUUCUGUGUGUUGAAGAAGAAGAAUACUGAAGCAGAGUUAGAUUACGCAGAUCAUCUCUCCCGAGCUCGGCAGUGGACUCUACCUUGAUCCCUGUCUGUACACCUUCAGCUGAACAAUUAACGAAAACAGAGCGUUCAUAAAAGUCGCGAAAAACUGGUCCCCCUCUCGGAGAAGUGAGUGUAUUGUGCCCGGCUCCGAAUCCGAUUGAAACUCGAAACCGAUACCGAAUUUGGCAGUCGAAGGGAAUUCCAGUUCCAGUGGUUUCGGUUUUUUUACUGGCCCCUGCGAAAAGUCGCGAGAAGGUGGCAAGGUGGAACAUUAACCGACCGAGAAAAAAUAUAUGUAUGUGAAAAAAAGUUUAUUACUAUUGCCUUCACCAUAAUUUGGCAGAGCUUUUCGGCUGUGUCGCGCCCAAAGGCGUGUGAUUAAAAAGUAAUCUGCGCCAUCGGAUCGCGAACUGCGAAUUCCAGUUUGGUCCAACCAAAAAAUAUAAAUUGAAAUCAGUGUUGCCGAAUGAGUGUACCUACUUACAUAUACGAAAGGUGGAGUCCUAUAAUAGCAUUAUAACUGCGAGCGAGAGAGCGCGCCAAAAGAAGAAUAAUCCUAGAGUGAGUGUCCAUCACGGCGAAAGAAGUGGAUCAAGCCCUCGUCUGUUCAGUUCCAGUUCCAACAGUGAAGAGUUGUUUUGUAAUUUUUGUUUCCUUCGGUUCUGUGUGUUUCUCCGGUUGUUGUGAAGGUUGAAUUUCUGUGCGGUGAUUUUGAUUUUCGGGUGUUCCGAUUACUUUGGCCAAAAGUGGAAACUGCAGGUUGAGAUACCUUACUUAGCUGUUGCUGUUGCUUUUCGGAGGAACGAGUUUUGUGCCACGGCUUGUUGGAUUUUAGUGUUUUGUUUUUUUCGUGAUUGUGCUGCGCUGUUGCUCCUGGAACCAAACAGCUUGAACGGGGUGCUUAAUUGUUGUGAUUUUUCUGUGCCGAAAGGAAUAGCUGCUACCUACUUACAUCGGAGAAAGACGUUUUCGCUGAACAGGCCGAGACACCACAUUCGUUGCCACACAGAUCGUUACGGAGCCCCAUAAAUGGAUUAACGCCGUUAUUAGCUAAGCGCAGCCAAUCAUAGUAAUCAUUGUCACCGUACAUUACCCGGCUGCCAUCAGUCAGUCAUUCGAAGGAGGUGUGAAAGUACAUUAACCACCAUUUCCCAUGGAACGAUGAGCAACCCUGCUGCUGCUACUGGAGGUCGUAUUUCUUCGGCGGCCCACAAUUAGUGCGACUCGAAGAUCCAGAAGCAACGAACCGAGGCGCUAGAGCUGAAAACCCUGAAGGUGAUCCCGCUGGACGGAGACAACCAUCAGCUGUUUGCUUCGCGUUUUGAUGAAUCGAGUUACCUGCGAUCGAGCGAGUGACCCGCGUUCCAUACUUGAACUCCACUGAGCGGUUAAACUAUGUAAACACAAAGGAAGAUAACUAACGGAUAGAACCCUUAAUAUACAGAAUUUUACCCCUGCUUACAAAAACCAAACACCAAAAUGAACGGUUUAUCCACACUGAACCGACUGCUCGGAAAAAGGAAUAAAGAUGUGUCCAAAUCCACCUCAAACCUCAGCCGGUCGACCACGAACCUGGAUAGCUCCACCCAGUACAACAAGAUUGUCCCGCUGGCCGCCAUGACAAACGCCCCCUUCGAGCAGACCUUCCGCAUCACGGUCCUACUGCCACGGGAUCAGCUCUACGUGACCCGGAUCGGGGCUAAAACACGCCUUGCCGUUCUCAUGGACAUGGUCUGCAACGACAAACUGCUAGAUCCGUCAAAGUACCUCUUCCGGCAUCCUGCUGAUUUUCACCAAGGUUUCGAACUGGACCUCACCAUUGGUGAGGUAGGGCUGAACGAGAUCCGCCUGAUAUCGAAGAAAGAGCUGGAGAACUUGCGGAACAAUGAGUACCGACUGAGCACAAGCGACAUCUUUCGGCUACACCAGAAGAACAUCCGCGAGAAUUCCGUGUCGUCGUCGGAUCUGAGCCGAAACUCUCGGACCGCGCUCAAAACCACUAGUCCGUACAGUUCAACGAAUUCUUUGAAUUCGAUGGAUUCUUCUGGGUUGAGCUCAAGCUCCCGCGGUGGACUGAAUGGGAACAGCCAUCAUCCACCGGUGGCUCCUACACGUAAGAAGCGAAUGGCACCCCGGCCACCCAGUCAGAACUCAAUUCCAGAGAAGGCUCCGCUGGAAAUCCACAAAGAUGAUCACAUCUUCAAAGAGCCCCAACUUCCUCCAUAUUCGAGGAAGAACUUCCACGUAUCGUCGCCCAAUCUCUACAAUGGAGAAGUCAAAAUUGUUGAUACGAUCAACAAUAAUAACAACAACAACAACGUCUACAAUGGCCAAACGGAAACCAACGGCAAUGGUCAUCAUGUCGAAACCGUCGAGGAGAUGAACAACCUCAUCAACACCAAAACAUCGUACAGCACCCUGAAGAAUCGACCCACGUCGAUGUACAUCAUUCGGGAGCCUACGGACCUCUCCGAAGACCCCGCCCACACCGAGAACAACGAUAACCUGCAGAGGACAUCGCUCAACGGCACCGGCAACAGCGCGCAGGACAUCGUCAACCAUUCCCGCACUUCGUCCAACUCGUCCGAGGUGAAAGAUCCUCGCGAUUUUCAGGAAGGUCCGCACCCCUCUACUACCAUCGUUCCCACCCCUCGGAAGCGGCUGAAUUCGAACGCUAAGAAAUCGAAAGCUCCGGCUCCGGCUCCACCUCCACGGGGCGUAUCGCUGCUGGGACCGAAACGGGACGAUGUGGCCACGUUGACGGCGGAACCGAAGAUUGUGCCGACACCGUCGCCGAGGGCACCGAACCGUGUUGCCACGGUUCCGAUCGGCGACGGGGAGACGAUCAUCUCCGGCACGGAUUCCAACUACAGCGAAACCGACACCGAGACACAGAAGAAUAGAGAAACUGUCAACAAGCUGAACGCCGUCAACAGCACGCACAAACCGCAGCCUUCCGCCGAUGCGACCCCCAUUCCGACCCCACCCCACCAAUCACCCAACGUGUCCAAGGUCAUGCUGAAUGUCGAUCAUUCUUCGCUCACCUCAACCGAUCCGCCUUCCUCCCUAUCCCCUGAAGCCGAGCGCAAACCAUCAAGCGGAGCCUCGUCCGUGUCCAUCAAGAUUGUCAACGAGCCCCCCACGAUCCCCAACGGAGGACACUCCAAGCCAUCCACCCCGAUCAUAUCCAAGGUGCACAUCGUUCCGCCCAAUGAUCGCGACUCCAGUGAAGACCCCGUUGAUCGGCGGCUCUCAAACGGAGGCAACAGCUCCGACGAGGACAUCAAAAUCUACAACAUCGAGUCCGGUCAGGAGAUGCGCAUUCCGGAUAAGAAAGAUGGGCCGCGAUCACCGAGUCCGGAAGAGGAGGAACAGUGGACGUAUACGCUUCCGGCGCCGCCCAAGUUUGCAGAUUCGUCCAUCAAGUCCGGCGAGUACGACGAGAAGCAGCGGUUCUUCGAUCUGCAGUCUACGUUCGUGGACAACACGACCAUCGUUACGGAUCGGAUGACGAUCAUCUCAGACGAAACGGAGCAAAUCAGGCCGAUCAUCCGGGAGAAGGUGCUGAUGGAUGAGAGUUUGGCGGAACUCGACCAGAAGUGCGCGUCUCCGACGGAAACUCUUGUGGAGAGCGAAGGCGGCAACAGUAGCGCAACUACUGGCGAGAUUAUGAUCAAUUCGGAUAUCGAGGAUGGGUACCGCGGGGGCAGCGAGCUACGUGAGACGAUGAUCCAGACGUUGGAGAAGCGACGGGAGAAGUUGAAGGAGAGCGAACUGCAGGAUUUGAAGGAGUCAAUAGAAGCGGUCGUGGUGGAACAGAAGGUCAAGGAACCCGAGGAGGAAGAGGCGAACGAGAGUGAUAUUAUGAAAUGUGCCAAAUUGAACGAGGAGACGGUGGUGGAUGACUACACGAUGGUGGUGAAGAGAAGUAGCGUUGUGAGCAUUACACGGUCGCAGUCGGUGGUUGAAAGUAGAAGACUAUCGUCGGACGAGAGACCGGCAGUGGAGGAGAGGAAAAGCGAGGUGAUCAGCGAGCUCAAUCAGGUUAUCAAGGAUGAGAAUGGACUGAAGGCGGUGCUGAACGGGAAGAAGAUGGCGGAGGAAGAGGAUAUUUCUGGAGUGAAAGAAAGCAGUUUGAGCAACUUCAAGAUAUCUAGUUACAAUGGCGAGAACAAGGAGAAUUUGGCUGAGAAGUCAAACGAAAUGGUCAACGGCAUGGGAGAGAAGACCGUUUCGGCUCCGGUGUCGCAAAAAUCUGACGACAGCGAGGAGGAAAACAACGUCGUCGUGCGGCGCAAGAUAUCCGCGGAUUCGAUUUCUCGCAGCAAAUUGAGCAGCGACGAGGACGAGUCCGGGACGCGUUUUGGCAACAAGAACCAGCAAGGACCGGUCAAGCGCCGCAGUCUUACUGUGUUGAACAAAUCGCCGAAGAACAUCAACCGUUCGGAUAGCUUCCAUUCGACCCGGUCGGACUACAUUCAAUCGUUGGCCAGCGUCAACGGGUUGAGGCUGACGCCUCGGAGCACAUCGUACAUUUCGUUGAUCGGGGCGCAGAAGUUCGAGAACCGGUUUGCAGCGAGCAAUCGAAGGAAAUCGACCAGUGAGAUGAGCAUUUGCGACUCGCCGUCACUGCAGAGCUUGGAGGUGAUCAAGAACAUUUUGAACAGCUCCAAGAGUAAUUUAUCGGUGGAGAAGAAAGAAGUCGAGGAGAUUAUGCCGAUGGCUGCGAUCAAGCGGAAUAGCUUCACGGAUAUUUCCACUUUGGUUCAGUUCAAGAGCGAAGUCGUAAGGAGUACUUUGGUCAGACCAGAGAGUAUGGUUGAGCAGAAAAUUGAGGAAGUGGAGUGUAAGAAAGUGUUUGAAGAGGAGACCGAGGAGAAGCCGGUUGCAGUCGAGAAGAUCGAAUCGAAGAAGGAGUGCUUGAUUGAGGAUUCGGUCAGUAUGAAGGCAACUGAUAACGAGAAAGCCAUGAGCGAAAGGGUUGUGGAUGUUUCGAAUGAGUCUAAAAGUGAUGACGAGAAAUUGAAGAACAGACAACUGUCGGCGGCGGUUGCUAAGCAACCUCAAACUACAGUAGUUAACAUCACUACUACAAGCACAACGGUAACCAGUAGUGGUGUAAGCGUUACAGUGAACAGUGAACCAUCAGCUGGAAAACGGUGGACGUAUCAAGGGCCACCAACUAUUAACUUCACAACUUGGAGUGAACGGCCAAAGAUCGAUGUCUCGAUCAAAUCAGAUCGGGAUUACCGAUUCGGCGGAAGCUCCACUCUUCCUCGGGGCUACAGAAAUGUAAAUAACACCACUAAAGUGAACCUGAACGUUGCUCCAGCGCCAACCCUGGAGAAAGAGAACGGCAUAGAUCAGCCUGAUUCUCGAGAACAUGUGCCAUUAAACAACGGAGAACCAAAAUCACUCCCGCAGGAUACAAAUCCUGAACCGCUAUCAACAUCCAAUUCCGACCGUCUACCAAUCGUUCGAGCCGUUGAAUACAAGAAGAACGUUGUUCCACCACCUCCAGUGGCCCAGAAGCCACUUGACAAACCGUACUUCUACGAUACGUACUCCCGUACACCGGCGAACUCAGCCGCUACCAUCAACAGGUUGAGCAUGGGAUAUAACAAAUUUCAACCCGUUGUCCGAGGUUUCAAGUCGAUGGAAGAAAAAGAUGCCCCUGCGAAACCACGCCCCGUGUCGAUGAUUGAGUCCUCCAAUAUCUCAACCGCCAUUUUGAAAACCACGCCUACUAGGAUAGACAAGCCGGCUCCAGAAGCCACGUCUCUUCCUUUCGGACAGAACACGCUUCGCCGGACGGGUCUCAAGGACAAAAUCCUUGCUCAAACAAAUCCUGAACCGACUGUGAAGCCAGCAGCAGUUCAGGAACCCCCGGUUGUAGCCGUCAAGACAGCGGCAGCAACAACUUCAACGGCACCUCCACCGCCUCCGCCGGUGGCUCCCAAGCUGACCACUCCGGUAGUGAGAGGAGCCAUCGUUAAGAAGCCUCUCCCUUCGCCGGAAGUGGACCCCCGGGCUGCCCUGUUGGAUGCCAUCCGGAACUUCAACAAAGAUAAGCUACGCGCAGAAUAAUGAUCGCAGUGAGCUUUUUAUUCAUGCUAUCAUUCUUCUUCCUUACAUUCGAUAUGCUGGUCGUUGCCUAGCAACGGAACUUUAUUCCGCCACCGGCGUCGCUUGCUUUGUAGUUAGUUGUUAUUAAUUUAUUACUUUGUUGUUUUCUUUUUAAUUUCUACUUCUUUUCUGUUUUUAUCCUUUUGUAUCAAAAUUAUUCCUUUUAUCGUUUUUAUUAUUGAAAAUAAACCUGCCCAUUUCACUUGGUUUUAUGUGAAAAAUGCAAAAUUUAUCGAGCCACGUUAAACACACACACACAAAUAAACAUGCAAGCAAACAAGUUAUUAAUACGGGACCAAAGGUAACAUGGUGUUUUGUUUUAAGCAGAAUAAAACAAGUUUUAUUAAAGCAAGUAAAAGCAGCACAAUUUAUCAUGCUAUAUGUUAAUAUUCUAGCUAAAAUGUUGGUUUUUUUAUUACAUUCCAAACUGACAGAACCAUCUGUGAAACAGAUGUUUUAAUAAAAAAAAAACUACCCAUAGGAAAUUGUCUAGUGCACCACACAAAAAUAUAUAAACAGACGUCAACACUUAUAAACACACUUACAUACUCGGGUAUUAAUCAUUAAUGAUGUUAACAACUUAGCUAGUAAGCUUCAAUUUCCCUAUACCUACCUAUGAAAAGCAAAAAACCUUGAUAUCCGAAGGCAAGUGCGGGUUAUGUCCAUGCAAGGGGAAAAGGGUAUGUCAUCACACACAGUCACCUAAAAAGCACUUUCUUAAAAAGCGAAACGGUUGCAUAAUACCUUUACCCAUUAUUUUUCUGUUUCCAAACGAGAGAAAUGUGAAAUGAUAAUCGUGAAAGCAAUCAUCAAGUCAUUAGACAGUUAGGUUGUAAAGUUCUGAUAUAGGCUUAGGAAUACUGUUUUUAAAGAGUAUUUGUAGAUUAAUCAUCAAGAAGCAUCCGCUUCAGUUGGGCAGCCUCCGGCUCCGGAAUCGGAUCUUGAUACAAACGUGUAAAUUUUUAACAAUGGAAAUAUUUGAAAUAAACUGAUAUUAUACUAAUAA